CAUGCCCUUAUACCAUUUAACACUCUGGGUCCACCCUCCAGACGCUGGGCUGCGGGUCAAGCGAGCCACCACUGCUCUUCCAAGUGUCACUCUGACAGGUUCUUCUGGAGGAGAUCCUUCUUUUGUUAACCCAUCCUUUUAAUCAAAAUGGCACCAAAGAAAGAUGUGAAGAAGCCCGCUGCUGCACCCGCCCCAGCCCCGGCCCCGGCCCCUGCCCCAGCCAAACCUAAAGAAGAAAAAAUCGAUCUGUCUGCUAUUAAGAUCGAGUUCUCUAAGGAACAACAGGAGGAAUUCAAGGAGGCAUUUCUCCUGUUCGACAGAACAGGUGAAUGCAAGAUCACCUUAAGUCAGGUGGGCGACGUCCUCCGGGCUCUGGGUACCAAUCCCACCAACGCAGAGGUCAAGAAGGUUCUCGGGAACCCUAGCAAUGAAGAGAUGAAUGCUAAGAAAAUAGAGUUCGAACAGUUUCUGCCCAUGAUGCAAGCUAUCUCUAACAACAAGGACCAGGGAGGAUAUGAAGAUUUCGUUGAGGGUUUGCGUGUCUUCGACAAGGAGGGCAAUGGCACUGUCAUGGGUGCUGAACUCCGCCAUGUCCUCGCCACUCUGGGAGAGAAGAUGAAGGAGGAGGAGGUAGAACAGUUGCUAGCGGGCCAGGAGGACUCCAAUGGCUGUAUCAACUAUGAAGCUUUUGUCAAACACAUCAUGUCUAUCUAAGCGGAGUUUUCAAGAAGGCAGAGUUGGGGAAGACUGGCCAAUUCAAGAACACCUAUGGCUAACUGUCAACACCAGCGAACUACCACCCAGAAGAUCAAACAGUCUAGACCAUUCUAGAUUGAAGGAUUCCCUGAGUUUUUAUAAGCUUUGAGUUUUUCAUGGCACACAAAUCAGGUGUCUACAGUUAAUAAUCUCAAGUCCACACACCACCUUUAUCAUCUACUUGGGUCCACAACAUUCUUAAAACACUACAUCAAUAAACUUGGUCAGUCUGGAAUACUCAAA